GUGACAUUUUUUUAUCCACAGAUUUGUUCGCACUAGCUGCAACAUGUUUACCUGGCUGGAUCGCCGCCACCGCACGUACCAUCAGCCCGCCGUUGAUUCUACAAUGAUGCCCAGGUCGCCUUAUCAGCGGCAUUAAAUUCUCAGAUUGGAGUAGAAUAAAGCAGGUAGAAAAAGGUAUAGAGAAAAAGGAAGAAGUGAGGGAGAGAGAGGUGCCAUGGAUGAUGAAGCGCGUCUUGAAGGUGAGGAGGAAAUGGAAUUGGAUGAAGCUUCUGAAGGCGAAGAUGAGGAUGAAGAGACUACAGGGAUACCAGUAUCUCCAGCCAAUUCGGACCAAUUGCUUGGACAAUCUACUCCAACAACACCUGGCAACAUCACACCAGAUGAGGCUUUUCAUGAUCCAUUGCGAUAUCAAAAAUUUCCAUUGCCUGGUGGAAAGCCUUUGAACAUUCGUCGUGGACCUGGUAGACCCCGGAAAGAACGACCUCUUGGUAUCACUCGUGGAGGAGCUAACAGAAGAUCUUCUGGAAGGGGUGGUACCAGAGGCAAAGGACUAGGAUAUGCAAGAGGUAUACCACGUCGUACCAAAAGCAAAGACGAUGAUACACAUUCAGAGUCGCCAAGUCCUUUACGCACCGCGGCAGACGACGCCACUAUGGAUGGUGGUGAAUCGGGAGGAAACAUAGGUGACAGGUCGAUGCCAGCACCUGAGGAGCCUCCUUAUUUUCCCGAACAAUGGCCGGGCAAAGCAUGCGCAUUAUGCAAUUUAGGCGAGAGGAGUCAGCUGGGCCAAGGUGAACUUUUGCGUCUGACGUAUCCACCGGGUUUUACUCCUGAAAAGUCAACAAACCGCGAUGAAACAACUACCGAUCGAUGUCUUAUUGACAUUACUGCCUCUGGAGAUAAAAGUCCGCGUGCGGCUGGACCUGGAGCUGCUGUUACCUGCCGUAGACAGAAGAGCCUAGCUAAAUGCAGGAAUACUAGUCUAACAAAUUUUACGGAACCGGUGGAAGAACUGACAAUCGUGGGCUAUUCAGAGGAACCAGAAGUUGGAGCUCUGUUUGAACCAUUAACUGGCCAUUAUUAUGUUCAUCAAUCGUGCAUUAUUUGGUCUAGUAAUAGUCAAGAUUUGGCGCCAGAAUUGACAUGUCGCGCUGUCUUACAAGCUUCUUGCAGACGAUGCGCCUAUUGCUCCCACUAUGGUGCUGGAAUUCCUUGCAAAAUUAAAACCGACUGCGAUAUUCAACAGGUGGCAUCGUGCAAUCGUUAUUUCCAUUUUCCGUGUGCCGCAGCCAAUAGUUGCUUUCAGGAUACCAAAAGUUUGACUCUUUUCUGCAGCCAGCAUCUUGGCCAAGUCCCACUCUUGCUGAAUGGGGAAGUAACUUGUGUGCAAUGUUAUGGAAUGGGCGAUGUAUCAAAUUUAGUGAUGUGCUCUGUAUGCGGUCAGCAUUACCAUGGCAGUUGUGUGGGUUUAGCGUUAUUACCUGGAGUACGUGCUGGAUGGCAAUGUGUGUCUUGUCGCGUGUGUCAAGUCUGUCGGCAACCCGAGGAUGUUUCUAAGGUAAUGCUAUGUGAACGAUGCGACAAAGCUUAUCACCCUGGCUGCUUGCGACCAAUCGUUACUUCCAUUCCGAAAUAUGGUUGGAAAUGCAAAUGUUGUCGCGUGUGCACCGAUUGCGGUUCGCGUACUCCUGGAGCUGGACUAUCUUCCAGAUGGCAUUCUCAUUAUACUGUCUGUGAUUCGUGCUACCAGCAGCGCAAUAAAGGCUUUUCUUGUCCACUCUGUAGAAAGGCAUAUAGAGCCGCGGCGUAUCGUGAGAUGGUGCAAUGUUAUUCGUGCAAGAAGUUCGUACAUGGUACAUGUGAUCCCGAAGCCGAUCCGCUCACCUACCAGCAGCGCAAAGAGGCAAAACCCGAUUACGAAUAUAUUUGCCUGCACUGUAAAAACAUUGCCAUAGUAGCCAGACGAAAGGACAGUAUAGACGAAGGCGAUUUAAGUUUAAGUGCUUCUCAAGAAAGCCUCGAUGGCGAAUCCUCUGAAUUAGAUUAUCAAGGUGGUAGUUCUGAAGAAGCGCUUUAUUCGGUCGGAUUAGGGAAAGGAAAACCAUUUUGUGCCACAAAAAUUGCAAAGAAAAGAUUGGGAAUUAGUGCUGGGAUUCUUGGUAGGCCUAAAGGCAUGGGUAAGUUGGGCUACCAAAAGAGGCAAAAAAUGACAGAGUUUGGUAGGAAGAGAGGACCAAAAGCGAAAAUGAGGGGAAUCUUUGGGCUGCCCGAAAUGGGCUUACAGAGUCCAGUGCUAGAUUCCUCCACAUCAAAAGAAGAAGAACCUGGAGGGGAAAACAAAUUAAUUCUCUGCUCUGCCAAGGAUAAAUUUGUUCUAACUCAAGAUAUUUGUGUGAUGUGUGGCGCGAUCGGUAUCGAUCAAGAAGGUUGUCUAAUUGCGUGCGCACAGUGUGGCCAGUGUUACCAUCCAUACUGCGCCAGUGUCAAAGUGACUAAAGUCAUUUUACAAAAAGGCUGGCGAUGUCUUGAUUGCACUGUUUGUGAAGGUUGUGGCGAGCGAAAUGAUGAAGCUCGAUUAAUCCUUUGUGACGAUUGCGACAUCAGCUAUCACAUUUAUUGCAUUGACCCCCCUUUGGAUCAUGUACCACAUGGCACCUGGAAGUGCAAAUGGUGUGCACAAUGCCAAACUUGUGGCUCCAAUGAUCCUGGUUUCAAUUCAUCCUGGCAGAAAAGUUACACUCAGUGUGGACCCUGCGCUUCCCAUACCGCUUGUAUAGCGUGUCAAGAAGCUUAUCAGGAAGGCGAUCUCAUUAUUCAAUGUGUACAAUGCGAAAGAUGGCUCCAUUGUAAUUGCGAUUCGAUUAAAAACGAAAUGGAAGCUGAACGUUGCGCCGAAGAAGGUUAUGUUUGUCUCCUUUGUCGUCCUAGAGAUGUUCCCCCUCCUCAUCUUCUCUCAAAACCUCCUCCAAAAUUUACUAGAUCAUCUCCUCCACCGCAAAAUCGAAGUCCGGAAUUGUUUAAAUCUUCUUCGCAGCCAUAUCUUUUAGAUGGAGUUUAUCUUUCUGAAGCUGGAAUGAAUCAUAUUAAAUCUUUAACCGCCGAACAUCAGCAAACAAGGAAAAAAAGAAGAAAAAUGCUUCCACUGGUAGAUAAGGAGGCAGAUAUCAUGGCGACUAUUGAAUCUGUUGUUGCAGGAGGAAGUUUGGACAAUUCUUUGGAAGAAAAUAACAAAUUGGAGUUGAUAGAUGUUAAAGAUGAACCAGAAACAGUGUUGAAAGAGGGUAUGGUAUGGAACCAGCCUCCUCCUGAAGGCUUUAGCAUCUGCACUUCAGAAAAUGGACUUCCUGUUUUGCGAAGAAAACGUCAAAGAAAUUUACAAAAAUUGGGUAUUGGAGGAUUUAUUGUAAGAUUGAGAGGUACUAGAAAGGACAAAGAAGAAGAAGGAGAUGUUGAAAAAUCUGGAGAAUCUUCGAUGGGAGUGGGAAUGGGAGACGAUAAACCUCGAAGAAAACCUCAAAGAAGGAAACCAAAGACAAAACUGGCAGAAUGUUUUCCUCUUUACAUGCAAGAAGCGUUUUUUGGGAAAGAUUUGAUGGAUACAACAAAGGAGAAGGACCUUGAAAGCAGCAGUGAAUCCGAAGAAGAACACAAAACUCUUGGAAACGCUAAUACAAUUCAGUUAUCUCAAGAUGUAUUAAAGGCAAUGGAACAAGUUAGUAAAGCAAAACAAGAAAAAGAAGACGAAAAGGGUCAAGAGCAAAUUAAACGAGAAGAAAUUGUAGAGGAUGAUGGUAGUGAUACUGAAGCACUUGAUGAUAUUUUACCUAUUUCUGGAGAUUUGUUGGACAGUGAUCUGGUAAACACGAUAAUGAAUGAAAAUGACGAAGAUUUGGCAAAAGCUAGUGAAGCAUUGGAUGAGUUGGAUGAUACUCAAGGUGGAAAUAAGGACGAACUGACGGAUAUUUUGAGUCCACAUUUUAAUUUAGAAUCAAUGGUCAGAGACACUGGAUUGCCAAAUAUGGAUAGUAAAGAUAUUGAAGAGAUAUUUAAGGGUGUUAUGACUGAUGAAUCUCAAGAAUCUCAAGAAUCAUCUGUGUUUUCUGUCCAAGCUCAAGCUUCACACCCUUCUUCGUCCACCACCCCCCUAGUGUCACCUUCUCCUCAUCCUGGUAUUCAAAUGCCUUUGGUAAGACCUCAAGUACCUGGUAAUCUGCCUUCAGUAGGCCAAUCAACCUUAAACUCUCCGAUGAGUUUUCCACCGCCUUCACCAUAUCACUCUGAAUAUAGCAAUAGUCCACAAUUCAGUCCAGCAUUUUCUGAGCCACCCAGCCCAUGGGUGAAUCCCGAAGAUGAGGGAAACACUACAGCAGCUAAUGCUACUAUCUCAUAUAAUCAAAGAAGCAAUCUGAAAAUGGAGGCUGACGAAGCAUUAGGUACUGGAGCAACAAUAUCUUCGGUACUCUAUGCUAAUAUCAAUCAUCCUGAAUGGAAAACCGAAUAUCCAGCGUGGUCCGAGAGAUGUAAGCAGAUUUUGAAGAAGUGGCGAGCCCUUUCGAAUGAGAAAAAAGCUCCAUAUUUGACUCAAGCCCGAGAUAAUCGAGCUGCCAUUCGCAUGAAAAAAACACAACAGCUCUCCAAGGAGACACCACCACCAAGCACCACCAAUACUAUCACCACCAAUAUAACCACCACCAACACCACCACCAUCAAUAUGACCAUCACCACCACCACCAAUACUACCGCCAUGACCAACAUCAUCACAAAACCCGUCGCUAUGACGGCCCAGCAGCAGCAUCAUCAACAGGCGGUGAGCCUGAAGCCUAUGGAAAAGCAGUCAGGAAUGUUGAUGACCACAGGAAUAACAUCAACCAGCAGUAAUCAGCAUCAGGAGGUGUGUGGGGUGCAGGAAACCCCGCCUAGCCCUUCUCUUUCUCCCGAUGCUCCUAAAAAUCUUCAAUCGUCUGCCUUGCAAUCUUGCACAACAGCAGCUUCUUCCUCCUCUCUGUCUUCUUCGUCUUCUUCUUCUUCCUCUUCUUUUUCUCAUUGCAAUAAUUCGGGUGAAGGGCAGCAACCUCUCCAGCAACGUCCACCCCCGAUUGUCAUUAACAAUAGCGACGGGAGCGGUAGCGUAGAUCAGCAUCAGAUACGAGUGCUCACUCCAUCCGAGAUCAUGCGCACCCUCCCGUCCCUCAGCCAGGAGCACUACGACCCCCCACCCCCGCCACCACCCAGUGCAAUUGUUCACACCGUGCCUCCCGUACAGAACCAUCACCACCACCACCAUCACCACCAUCCGAAUAACGCCAUGGAACAGGACAGACUUUCGAACAGAGAUCGGUCCAGCAGAGAGGCUGAGCAAGAGAGACAAUGGAAACAACUGCAAGCUUUACGUCAGCAACAAGCGCAAAUACAACAGCAAGUUAUAAUUGAACAACGCGUGCAUGCAAUUGCCAGAGUACAUAGACAGAUCAGCGAAGAAAAUACACCUCAACUGAGUGGUGAUAUUACUUCUGGAUUGACAACACAGUUACAAGUUUCCACAGCACAAGAUACGAGCCAACUGACCUCUUUAGCCUCACCUUCUCAAAGUUCCCGCAGCACUUUUGCUACGCCCUCACUUAAGGCUCCACGUAGUCUUACACCUCAGUCUCCCCAUCAUCAAUCCAUGGUACGUCUCCCCGUGCAAGCUCCUCCUUGCCGAGGGGUGCGUCCGGGAUUUCCUCAGCCACCAUCUCCAUUUUCGCCGCAGGCGCCUCAAUCGCCCCAUGAUUUUCCUCAGUCUCCUGCGUCCUCUCAGGAAUCCCAUUUCCAGCGCUUCGAAGGCAAUGUCUCGACCCCCGCAUCUCCCUAUUCAUCGCCUCAAACGCCAGGUACACCUCGCGCUCCCAUAUUUAAUCCACCGCGACCCCCUGUUUAUGCUCCCCCUCCUCCUGCAACAUCGCGAACUCCCGAUCCUUACAGCCAACCACCCGCUACUCCCACCGCGUCUGCCUCCACCGCGUCUGGCUAUCCGUCACCAAGGAGUUCUGAGACUCGGACACCUCAGGAUCAAGAGGUAACUUUUGGACAGCAACCGGAAGUGAAUAGGCAGCUAAGGGAUUUAUUACAAAGGCAACAAUUUAGUAAGAAGAUUGAGGGAGUAGGCACUAAUUGGAGUCAAGAUGGUCAGAAUAAUUCGGAGAACAACCAACAACACUUCGAAGCGAAUCAUGUGCCACUUCAGCAACAUUCUCAAAUACCGAGCAACACUGGCGAAGGCACAUUCAGACACCCACUUCCACCGAGUAUUAUCAGACCCAGAUUGCCUAUUCAACCGAACGUUUUAAUUAGAAAUUCCAUUGGAAUAAACCCACGACAUCCUGUAGCAGGGAAUAUUCAGAGUUCAAUGGAUCAUCGUACUAAGAUGAUGUUACAAAAUAGGCCCCAAGUAACUACCACCAAUAUAUCUCAGCAGCAUUUCCAAGAAAAUCAAAACUUACAAACACGAAUGCCAACAGUAAGAAAUACCAUACCCGAGCCCUAUGAUAUUUUACAGCAACAGAGACAAUUUACAGACGUAAAUCAAGCGCAGAAUCUGAACCAGCGCAUUGCACGGACAACACAAGACAAUUUGAAUCAAAGUAUUCGCAUGUUGAGUGCUGUUCCGGUCCAAACACCUCUUCCUACAACGAUAAGCGACACUGCGGGAGUGACUACUUCGGAAGCGUCCGAGAUUCCCGACAACGUCACAGCCGAACUGGAGAAGUUAGAGCAGGAAGGAGCUGGACCAAUGGUUGAGGUCGAGGGUGUCAGUGCAAUAUUGGGAGAUUUAGCUGAUGAUGAUGAUGAACUUCUCGCCGAAAUGGGAGCAGAUUUUAACAUACUAGAAUAUGCUGAUCCUGAAUUAGACACGAUUGCGGGCGGGGAGAAGACUAACAUUCUUGAUCUAGAUCUCGAACAAGUUGAAGUUGAUUCCAAGGAUGAGAAGCAAAAAAAGGAAACUAAGGACGAUGAUCAGAAACAGGAAAUAACUGCUCCAUCCUCUGAAAUACCUACCGAUUCUUGUCCAACAAGUUUAGCUUUGACAGAAAAUUCCAAUGUGCCGACAAUAACGUCAUCGCAAGCGACAUCGCAAGCAAUACAGGCGCAAGUGGUGCAGCAACAGAUGCAUCAGCACGUGCAACAAGCGGCAGCGAUGGGUCGGCCGAUGCCACCGGGAACGAAAUUGCUGUCGCCGGACGGAGCCGUAGGAGUGGUGACUUCCACGAAUACAGUAACUGUGAGUUAUCCGUCAAACUUUCCUGGACAUCAGCAGAGGAUCUCCCAAGCGCAUAUACAAGUCUCGCAGCAACAACGAUUGGGCAUGCGAGUAGCAGGAGUGCCAAAUAGACUAGUCGCCGUAAAUCACAUGGUCGGUACUCGAAUGCCGCUUGCUCCGCCACCGCCGCCACCGCCGCCUCCUCCGUAUCCUGGACCACCGCCUCCAUAUCCAGGACCAAUACAGAUGGGGCUGUGCCCAGGUGGUGGUGGUAAUGGGCGAGGUAUGACACGGCCCCCAGUCCAUAUAACGGGACAGCAGGUGCCGGUGGCGGGCCCGCCGAUGGGCCCUGUGGUGCCACACCCUCACCGAAGACCCUUGCUUUUGCAGCAGUCGUGUUCACAGGAGCAGCCGUUGUUGCUAGAGGAGUUGCUGGAGCAGGAGAAACGAGAACAAGAAAAACAGCAGCAGCAACAACAACAACAACAAACUGAAACCACCGGAAGUGGUCUUUUGAGCGAUAGUGAUUUUGAAAAGUUAAAAGCUGAUGUUUUGGGCACUACGUCACCGCCUCAGAGUAUAGUGCCAGUAGUCAGACCGCCUUGCAUAGCAAGACAAACAUCUUCCGCAUCUGAUACCAAUUGGCAGCAGAGUGGUGUGGCUGCUGAUGGGACGGCAAAGCUGACAGCGGCACAGGUGGGAGCGAGACAGCCGAUCGCUACACAGACUCCGCCUGAACCGAGGGUAGCUAUGUUCAACAUUCCUCAAAUACCAGCACCACCAACUCCACCAGAAAAUAUAGUUACUGAUCAAGAUCGACAAAUGCAUUUGCAAUAUGAUCAAUGGCUUAAUCAUCAAGAUCAAGUGUUAAAACAACAAUUACAUUAUUAUGAAGGAGAAAUUCAAAAACUCCGCAAAACAAGAAAGUCUCUUAAUAGUAAGCAACGCCAACUUCGAAAAUCAGGUAAUGAGCUGACAGAGACGGAUGCUGCCGAGCUACAACGGGUUUCCAGUGAACUAGCUACUUUACAAAAAUAUUUGGAUACCUCGCGUAAACAAGGCCGUCAACAUAACAUGCUGAUCCAGGAAUAUCAGAGCAAACAACAGCAACGACAGACUCAUUCUCAAUCAAACGAACCCUGUUCUCCAUUGAUGUCACCUUCUCAACAUUCCCCGAUGCAUUCUCCAGCAGCUUUAGUUUCUCAAAGUCCUGGUCCUAACAUGAUUCAACAUUCACCGGCGACUCCAUCGCUUAUUCAACACAGUCCAGGUACACCGUUGCUUCAGCAUAGUCCAGGUAAUUCUCAGUCAACAAAUCUAGGGACAAUGUCACCUCACAAUGUCCAGCAACAGUCACCAAGAAUUGGCACUCCUCAUUCUCAAGGUGACGAAAGUCCCUUUAGCCCUGGACCAAUGCCUUCUCCAGGUUUAUGCAAUCCUAAUACUACGCGGAUGACAUCACCACAACACAGAGCUAUUAUUAAUGGAAGAUUAGCAACUUCUCCUGGUGCCUUUACACUAGAGACGCGAAAUCAACAACAAAUGAUAACUGAUCAGAAUGUGAGAGUUCAUAAUUUAGCUCAGAGAUUUGUCAGGCCACCGGAGGGGACACAAAGAAGAGGAGGCAUUGUUUACAGUCCCCAACCAGGGCAGCAACAAUUGCUAAAUCAGCAGCAUCAGCAAUUGUUGCAGAGGCAACAAAUUAUUCAACAACAACACGAUAGCGUUGCUCAGGAUCAGGGACAAAGCACCAUUGCGCGAGGAACAUUGCAGCGGCAACAGAUUUUUACUCAGCAACAGCAACAUGAAAGUGUUUCUCGACAACAAAUUCUUCAACAACAACAACAGAGUGAUAUUUCUCAGGAUGGACAGAAUAUUGUUACUCAAAGAAAUUUGCAGAUUGCUCAACAGAGGCAGAUCCUUCAACAACAGCAAUCAAAUGAUGUUUCUCAAGAAGGACAGAAUGUUGUUGCUCAAAGAAAUUUACAAAUGGCUCGACAUCAAAUUAUCCAACAGCAAGAAGGUAUUUCUCAGGAUGGACAGAAUAUUAUUGCACAAAGAUCGAUGCAAAUGACUCAGCAAAGACAGCAAAUUCUUCAACAAACUGAAGGUAUUCAGGAAGGACAGAAUUCUAUUAAUCAAAGAUCGUUACAAAUGGUUUCACAACAACAGCAACGACAAGUUCUUCAGCAACAGACUGAUAUUAUUACUCAAGAGGGACAGAAUGUUGUUACUCAAAGAAAUUUACAUUUGACACAGCAACGACAGCAGAUUCUCCAGCAACAACAAAUUGCCCAACAACACGAAAUAAUUUCUCAAGGUAUUUCUCCGGAAGGACAAAAUUCUAUUGGGCAAAGAACAUUGCAAAUGGUUCAGCAACGACAACAAAUUCUUCAGCAGCAGCAACAGGAAGAUGCUUCCCACGAUAUACAAAAUGUUGGUGUUCAAAGGAAUUUGCAAAUUGUGCAACAACGACAAAUUCUUCAACAACAGCAGCAUGAAGGGAUUACACAGAAUAUUUCUCAAGAUGGACAAAACAUUGUUCAAAGAACAUUACAAAUGACACAGCAACGUCAACAGGUUCUUCAACAACACGAGAACAUUUCUCAAGAUGGACAGAGUGUUGUUACUCAAAGAAAUUUGCAAAUAGCGCAGCAACGACAACAAGUUCUUCAACAACAACAACAAAUUCUUCAACAACAACAAAUUCAACAGCAACAUGAAGAUGUUCCUCAAGAUGGACAAAGCACUAUUACUCAGAGAUCACUGCAAAUGGCUCAGCAACGACAACAAAUUAUUCAACAACAACAUGAGAGUGUUUCUCAGAUUAUUUCUCAAGAGGGACAAAAUUCUAUUGCUCAAAGAUCAUUACAAUUGGCUCAACAACGGCAGCAAAUUCUUCAUCAACAGCAACAUGAAGCUAUUUCUCAAGAAGGACAGACUUCUAUUGCUCAAAGAUCGCUUCAAAUAACUCAGCAACGUCAGCAACUGCUGCAGCAACAGCAACAUGAGAACGUUUCUCAAAAUAUUCCUCAAGAAGGACAGAAUUCUAUAGGUCAAAGAUCACUUCAAAUGGUUCAGCAAAGACAACAUAUUCUUCAACAACAGCAACGACAGCAGUUUUUGCAGAUGCAGCAGCAACAGCAACAAAAGCCGCCUAAUUCACCAAUGGUAUCUCAGCCAGCUAGUUCCCCAAGUCCACAGCUUCAUCAACAACUCCAACAAAGUUAUGGUCAACCUCCAAGUUCACCUAUGGUUCAGCAGGUGACGAUGGGGUCUCCAAUGCUUCAGCAGCAACUGAAUCCGAUUUCCCAACCUCCCAGUCCGAUGAAUAGAAUUUCGCCGAUGCUUCACGGUGGUCAUCAUCAUUCUUCAGCAACAAAUCAGCCACCUAGCUCACCUAUGAUGCCUAGAAGUCCUAUGGUAGCCGGAUCUCCUAUGCAGAUGCAACGAAGACAAUCUACCGGAAGUAGUCCGGCUAUGCCAGAUAGACCACAAAGCGUAGAAAAUCCUGGAACACCAAGAACACCUCAUACACCUCAUAAUUUUGUCCAACAAAGUACUAAUUUACCUGCAAAUUCAAAUGAUCAAGUUUCUCUGCAAAUUCUUCAGGAAUCAUCUUCUUUAGUAGAAAAUUCUGCUAGAGGUGGAGGAAACUCCAAUAAUCCUCUAAAUCCAAUACCUUUUCCUAAUUAUGGAAAGUCAGGAUAUUUUAAAUUAGGAUUGAGAGGCGGUUCGCCAGGUGAUCAGCAACAAAUUUUCUCAUUAGAAAAUACUACUACUACUACUAAUAAUAAUAAUAAUAAUAAUAAUAAUAAUAAUAAUAAUAAUAAUAAUAAAAAUCACACUAAGUUAGCAAAAUUAAUGCAAUUUUCCAAUUUUGGAAGAUUUGGAUACUUUAAAUUAGGUUUAAGGGGUGGAUCGCCGAUGUGGUCAAGCAAAGCAGAGAGCAGUAAAGGCAGCAAAGAAUCAGAAAUAUCUCAGGCGAAAAGAGAACAGCUUGUAGAAGAGAAAACAAACAUUUCUUUGAAUCGAAAAACCGUCAAGAUUGGUUCACUAGUUUGCGCUGAUUACAAUGACUUUGACGAUGACUCGCACACUCCGCCACAAGCUUCGCCGACGACCUUAGAAGUGAAAUCGACUGGUCAAAACUCUUCUUUGAUCUCUUCAAACUUAGACAAUGAAUGUUUGGGAAGUCCUGGAGUAAAAUUGGAACAGCUUCCAGAUACGACAGAUUAUGAUGAUGAUAAAACGAUAGUAAACACCGAGGUAACUUUGAGCUCCGCAGCUCAGCGGGAUAGUGAUGAUAUUACUGUCAUUGAACAGUUUGGUGACUCGGAACUAGUUGAUGUUAUUUCAGGAAGUCUAGAAGGAGAUAUGCAAGAAGAAUAUGUCCUCUUUGAACCUGGAAUGGUGGUAGAUCUCUCUGCUGAUAGCAACGAUUCACUUUGCCACGCUUUAGUGAAUGACGCUGGUCAAAGUCACGAUCUAGUGCAAAUACUGGAGAUUGAAAAUCCUGAAUCACAAUCAGAAGAACCGAUUUUAAGUGAUGAAGACUUAAUUCCGUCUCAUUUGAGAAACAAAAAAAGUCUUAGGCUUGAUAUAGUGAGGACUUUGCAAGCUGGAAAAAAGUUAGUCGCCGUUACUGAUACUCCGGAUUCUCCGGAUCAAGAGGAACUGCGAGUAGAUCCUUCUCCGAGUUCUUAUUUGGAUCAAUCUAUUGAUCAAGAGCUUAUGGUGUCUUUAGUAAAUGAAUCUGAAGUAGUUAUCAUUGAUCCUACAACAAAAUCUCCCGAAGAUAAUCUUUCCAAAGGAUCAGGCGACGAAGAUAAUGAGAAAAUUGAUUCCAACAUACAAACUGAUGUUUCUAAAGAGAACACAAUUAAUGAAGGCUCGAUAGAUGAUCAAAACAAGUUGAAACAAAACAAGAGUCCCACGAACUUUGUUUUUUCAGAUAAAACUUCUUAUAAUAAAAUUUUAUCUUCAACUAUACAUCCAACAAGUAUUAAUACAGUAACAUUUUCAAACUCAGCUAUUUCUUUAAUAAAUACUGCAAUUUCUUCAAAUUCGAAUACAAUUCUAGCUUCUAUUAGCUCCGAUUCUCAACUAAACCAGAUUUCAAUUCAGCCAAUUGCGACAGAAGCGAAAACGAUAGAUCAAUUUGACUUGAAAGAAGUUUCUUCAAGUUCCUUUAGCAAUCAGAAAGGUUUCACAUUAUCAUCGACGAUGGCAAGCAUUGUAGCGGACGCGAAGAUUGCUGCAAAACUUAGUCAAACAGCUAUAGUCUCCAACCCUCAGAAAAAUAAAUUGGAUGUAAAAGUCGGGGUAUUCUCUGCCAGGGAAACAUCGAAAAUAUUAUCUUCAGGAAAGCCUUCAGUAACUUCUUCGGAUUUACCGAUGAACAAAACGGAGUCUCAGAAUAAUCCUACGAAAUUAGUACUAAGUGUGCAACCAACUUCUGUUACACUGUUGACUCCGAAAAUGUCGAUCCCAGAUUUAUCGAGAAAAGAGAGUAUUUUGAAAAAUAAAGAAAAACAAAUGGAAGGUCAGGAAAAUGAAAUGAAGAAAGAAAAGGAGGAAAUGCUUGGUAAAAUAAAAAACGAGAGUAAUUCUUCAGGAUUAAUUGCUGAAGAAAAGAAGUCUGAUCCGCUAAAUACUACAGAUGAACUGGAGAGCAUGCUAGAAGCUAUUCACAAUCCUGCAGAAAAUACCGAAAAUAAAAAUGACACUCCAACGACUUUCAAAAGAAUGUCACCUGUCACCGAUGAUUUAUCGCUUGUCAACAUCUUGGAAAACGAUUCUGAAUUGAUAGAGAACGACAAAGAACAGAUUUUAUCAAGUUCUGACAUGCAAAAAGCCAACAAAUUGAAAGAAACUGAAAAAAACAUUGAAGAAACUACUGGUAAUGACAAAAAUAUUCUUUCGAAUGAUAAGAAUCAUCAGGAAGCACUGUGUACCGAAGAAGAAAAUUCCAAACCAUUUCUUCAGCAUUGUUUGAGUGGAGAAAAGACUUUGAUGGAAGAAUCUUCUGAUGAUAUUUUAGAUAUGUUGCACAAUAUCAUCUCAUCGAAACCAGAAAUGGCAAACAGUGGCGAGCUGAAAUCGAGUCUUAUCUAUCAGAUGCCAACUCCGCUCGAUACUUUGCCAUUGAAUAUUCUCCAAGACUCGUUGAUCGAUGUAGAACAAGAAAACCUUGAAAAUGAUCAACUUUCUUCAAUUGAAGUUAAAAAUCAAGUAAAAAAUCAAAAUUCUGAAAUGAAGAAGAGUCCUCCAACGACGACUCAAGCUCCUACUUUAGUAGUUAGCACCGUGGCGCAAUUACAGAAAAGUACGACGACGGUUCCUCAUCUAUCGCCACUUUCAAAACCAACUGAGUUGACUUCCAACGUAGCCAACGUGUCUCAUCAGUUAAGAACAUUGCUUUCGUCUUUGCAAAGCAAUCAGAAUACGGUGAAUCAAACUGGAGUAGUCACCAUGGUGUCUUCAGACAAAUCUGGAAGCGUUUUAUCUGCUUCUAACACCCUAUCAACCUUAAAUUCAUCAAAUAAUAGUCAAAGUGGAGUUUCGAACUUGGCAAGAUUAGAUCAAAAUCGUUCUCAAACUAAUUCGAUUAAUGCUAUCAAAGAUACAGAUUUGACUUUAAAGGAAGCAAUAAAAGAAUCAGGCGGAAUUGUUACUGCGGUUACGAAGAUUAGCAAUGGCGAACAAGUUUUCAGGGUAACUUGUUCAGCUACAACUAUCCAGACUACAACAGUUUCUAAUAUUUCCAGCACUACUUCCACAAUAAUAACCACCAAAACUGUUACAACUACAAUCUCUAUCACUUCGAAUGCUAUGUUGAAUGCUAUGCUGGCCGAUACUACUUCUUUAAAGCCUUCAGUUGCUGGUCAUAGUCGUAAUAACACGGUAUCAACCCAAUCUGUCAAUUUUUUUAAUUCCGUUUUGCCAUCGACUUCGAUACAACGCUCACAAAAUCUUCAGGCGAUUCUCCAGGUCAGUUCAGGAUGCUCUACACCCACUCGAAUACAAGUAAAUACCAAUUCAGCCGUCACUAAUUCAAUGCAGUGUGUUAGGACUAUUAUACCACCGUUAGCGACUUCUAGCGGAAUCUCUGGUACUCCUAGCAUCCUUCAAACGACCUUAUCACAAGCUCCAAACCACCUUUUGACUUCUAAUCAAGGUCAGUAUAAAUCUCCUGGCCUUUUACCCAUUGAUAAUAAAAAUAACGACCUUGAAAAUCAAUCUACGACUUUGAUAAAGGAUCCUGAAGAGUCCAAAGUACAAGAGAAGAGAGAAAUAGAUCCUAGCAAGAAUUCUAAUUCUUUGAGGUUGGAGGAUUCCCAAAAUGUAUUACUAAAACAACUAUUACAAAAUACGGUUGGUGCUACAACUUCAGGAUCGUCGCAAGGACCCAGUUUACCAAUAGUUCCUUCGUUGGAGGCUCAAUUAGCCCGGCCAGUUUUACCUACACCGCCAUCUCUGCUUCCUCAAUUGUUAAACGAGACACCAACACCAAAACCAAUAAUAAAUAAACAAGUUCUUACGAGAGAAACUUCCUUCUUGUCACAUUCGGUAUCACAUUUGAAGAUUCAAAGUUCACCAAUUAAGGAAGAACCUAAAUCUUCUCCUCCAUCAUCUACCUCGAUUCCAAUAGUGUCUCAACAAAGAGGACAAAGUGAAAGUUUAAAGCAGCAAGCAAUAAAAUCAGUUUCUACUUCUUCGGGAAGUUCUUUGGGAAAUUCUUCAGCAAAUUCUUCAGUAAACUCUUCAGUAAAGCAACAGACAGUUUCUUCGACAAUAACAACGACCAGGAUGUCUCCAGGCAUUUCUACGAAUCAGCAAGAAUCUUCUGGUCAAGGAAACCCGGAGACUAGCAUUGAUGAAGAAUCUCAGACUCAACAGACACAACGUGUUGCCGUUUCCAUUUCAAAAGUUAAUUUACAGAAUAAACCAUUGACUUCUGGAAUGACUUCGAAGAAUGUUCAACCGCUGACUAAUAAUUCUAGUAAUAUAUCUGGACCUCAAACCCAAGUUCAACAGGUUCAAAAUCAAAUUCAAGUCGCGCAAAAGCCAAUAGUGGCUCAACAAGUUUCUUCUUCGACUUCCUCCGUUCAUCAACAAUCUGUUCAACAAGUGCCUCACAGCCACGGAAAUAUUGCGGGGCUAUCACAGGGCGUUACUGGUCCUACAGCUCCGUCGAGUUCCAACAUAGUGCCUUUGGUCGAGGUGAAGAAAGAGCUUGGGCUUGAAGAAGUUUUAACCGCUACUAGUACGACACCAACCAGUCACUUGCAAACUGAUACCAAAGAUUUUCUUACUGCCAAAGAGGAAUUCAUAGAUAGCGCAAUAGACGAUAAAACUGAUCUCAAGAAGUUAAAAAGAAGACAAUAUCAGCAGAAACGAAAACAGAGCCAGGGGAAAGAUGCUGUUACUGCACCUCAGAAAAAACGGUCUCGUAAAGUGUCCCGCCUCGAUGAGGAUUAUGAGACGUUUGUGGAAAACUUGAUGACACAAUUACGGCAAUUACAACCAAUGGUGGUACUAGAGCCUCUGCUAGGUCGUAACUAUGGAGUGUGUCCAAUUUUUGGAUGCGGGGAUCUUGCUAAGAUUGGAAGUCAAAAGGAUUAUAACACGAGAAUUGGUGAUUUGAUUGGAAAUUACGGAUCAGCUAGUUUACCUGGAAUUUCCGAUCAUUAUAACACGCAGCCUUUUGGAGAAUUAAAUCCUCUAUCACCUCAGCAACCUUCGACUACACAGAGAGGAUUCUAUGAGCAGGAAUUUCCGCCCUUGAAACUGGAUGAUUCUGAUGAUAAAAAGGAGACUAUGUCGACAAAUCGUGAGGUAGAUUCUCCUGAUACCAUCGUGAGUUCAUCCUCGCCUGAAUGUGUUAUACCGGAAUUUAUGCAUCAUUUUCCCGGAUUGCGAUUGAUUGAGGAAGAAUCCGACGAGGAGGCGGACUGGCUAAAACGCGUAUCACCCGUUAUACCUUUAAUCUCACCAAUUCCAAUUAGGCUAAAACCUGCUUAUUCAAAAGAAGCAGCUAAGCAAGAUAAAGAGAAUUUUGGAAUGCCCAAGCUUGGCAAAUCUCCUCCGAUACCUCUACGAGAAAACGGAAACGUAACCGUGACCUUAACUCUAAAUAGUCAGGCUGCCGAUGAUAUAUUGGGUGUACUUAAAGAUCUUGCAAAUGUUUUGAACAUAGCACCACCUACUGGCUAUCAAAUAAUUGAACGCACUUCCACUCCUCCUAGCCAGAAACUAGGAUUGUACAAAACGAAAGGAAAAGAUGGCAAAGAAGGUGCUGAAGUUGAUAUACAAUGUAUCCUGAAUGGUACGAGAAAGUUUUGUCGUCAUUGCGAUAUCCUGAUUGGCGACAGUCCGAUCCGAAAGAAAGUAUCAGAUCUGCCGUUUUUCAGCAAAGAAGAAGCCGAACCUGGUGAACUUUGCUUCUGUUCGGCGUCUUGCUAUAUGCAAUAUGCUCUCAUUCGAACACCCUCCGAUACUCAGGAUAAGGCUGCCACAAUAAUAGAUCAUCUAUGCCAUAAAACAGAAACAAAAUUAUUAGAUGACGACUUGAAGAGCUUGAAAAAAUUUCCUGUCAAGCAACAACAGCAAUGUAUAGAAAGACUCGGGAGCAUGGAAGUUGAUAAUGAAUCAACAACUGAGAUUAAGAUAAAGACUGAAAAGCUAGAAAAUGCAGAAAAUGCAGAGAAUGAGGAAAAACGGCCGAAAAAACACUUGAUUUCUGAAGAGAUUAGUGAAGCUGCCGAGCCCCAACCACCUGCAAAAGUCUGGAAAGGUUCAAAAUAUAAAAUAUGGUCGAUGGGAAUCAUACAACCUGGUACCAAGUUGAAAAAACCCACUGAUAGAGAAAUUAUUGAGAUGUUGUUUCGCAUGGGAGUUACGGUAGCGCCUGCAAAAGCCGAAGACAGUCGUCGUUGUAUAUUCUGUCAGAGUCAAGGCGAUGCAACAGCUGAUGGACCAGCCCGAUUACUCAAUUUUGACGUGGACAAAUGGGUGCAUCUCAAUUGCGCAUUAUGGUCUAAUGUAGUAUACGAGGUGCAGAGUGGCGCACUCAUGCACCUAGAUGACGUAUUGCAGAAUAAUCUCAUGCAAAUUUGCAUCGUUUGCGAAAAACCUGCUGGUACAAUUAAGUGCUAUAAGCCAAGGUGUACCAAUUGCUAUCAUCUGAUGUGUGCUGUCAAAGAUGGUUGCGUUUUUUACAAAGACAAGACCAUGUAUUGUCCCCAACACAUUCUAAAAAAUGAAAAAGACAAAGAACUGAUUACGCUAUCUGCCUAUCGUCGCGUCUACGUUAAUCGCGAUGAAAAUCGUCAAGUUGCCGCAGUAAUGCAUCAUUCUGAACAUAAUCAUCUGCUUCGCGUGGGUUCCCUCAUCUUCCUCAGCGUCGGCCAACUACUUCCUCAUCAACUGCAAAAUUUCCAUACGCCGAACUACAUUUAUCCAGUGGGCUACAAAAUUGUGCGCUUCUAUUGGAGCAUGCGCAGACCCAACAAACGUUGUCGCUAUGUUUGUUCGAUCCACGAUGUUUCUGGUCGUCCAGAAUUUCGCGUUCUAAUCCAGGAACCUCAUCAGGAGGAUGUUGAACUGAGAGAUGCUACUCCACGAGCUGUUUGGAGUCGAAUUUUAGAGCCGCUUGCAGAAUUGAGGAGAAAGACGAAUUCUGUUCAAUUGUUUCCGAGAUAUGUUUCGGGGGAGGAUCUAUUUGGUCUGACAGAGCCAACAGUAGUACGUGUAUUGGAGAGCUUGCCUGGAAUUGAGACUCUGACUGAUUACAGAUUUAAAUACGGUCGUAACCCAUUGCUGGAGUUACCACUGGCUAUUAAUCCGACCGGAAGCGCGCGAACGGAAGCGCGCCUACGAAACCAAUUGCCAUGGAAGCGACCGCAUACGCAACGUACAGGAGGAUUUUCGUCACGCGGGGUACCAUUCGGUCUGUCAACGUGUAGCGUCGCCGCCGCAAUGGGCGGCGGGGUUUCUUCGACAUUGGUAGCCGCCGCUGCUGCGGUCGGCGAGACGGCUUCCUGCCCAUACUCUAAGCAAUUUGUACACUCUAAAAGCUCGCAGUACAAAAAAAUGAAGCAAGAAUGGCGUAAUAAUGUUUAUUUGGCGAGAUCGAAAAUUCAGGGUUUAGGAUUGUACGCGGCGAGAGAUUUGGAGAAGCAUACGAUGGUGAUUGAAUAUAUAGGGGAGAUCAUUAGAACAGAAUUGGCGGAGAUAAGAGAGAAGCAAUACGAGGCUAGAAAUCGUGGUAUAUAUAUGUUUCGAUUGGAUGAAGAACGAGUGGUAGAUGCGACAUUGUGCGGCGGUCUCGCUCGAUACAUCAAUCAUUCUUGCAAUCCUAACUGUGUCGCUGAAAUUGUUGAAGUUGAGCGCGAUCUCAGGAUUAUUAUUUUUGCCAAGCGCAGAAUCUCACGUGGCGAAGAGUUAGCGUAUGAUUACAAGUUUGAUAUCGAAGAUGACCAGCAUAAGAUUGCAUGUGCCUGCGGUGCGCCCAAUUGUCGCAAGUGGAUGAACUAAAAAAAAUCAGGACCAAAAAACAAGAUGAAAUAAAAAUGAAAAAGACUUAAUCUCUCCACCCUAUCUAUUGUUAUUAUUGUUGCUGCGUUAUAUACAGAAUAAGAAGUUAUAUAGGGCUAGUUUUCCACAUAGGAAAGAAGAUAGUAAAACAAAUUUUAUGUAUAAAUAUAUAAAUAUGAGAGACGAAAAGUUUAUACAUAUUAUAUAAAUAAACGCACACAUAUACACAGCAUAAACGCAAGAUAAACAGUCGUAAUUUAAUUUAUAAAGUGCCAUCGCGCAAUAAUAUAAUUAAAAAAUAUAUCUCGGAUUUAUUAUUAUUCAUUAAUAUUUAAUAAUCCAUGAAAAUAUAAUUUAAUAGUUGUGUGUAUAUGUAUGUGUAUGUGUGUAUGUUGGUGUGUAUUACAUCAUAUUAAAAUUAUAUAAUUUUCUCCUCGGGCUCUACAAAAGUUUGUACAUUCUUUAUUUAUAUUCUUGUACAUAAUUAAAAAAUAUAAUUUUUUUUACUUAGAUCUAACAAGGAAGGAAGUAUAAAACUAAAGAACGAAUUAUAUAACAAUAUAUAACCUAGGUAAAAAAAGAUCUAUAUAAAACUAAAAAAGAAGAGAAAUAUAUAUUAUAUAAUAUAAAAA